UCCUCAGGCCGUCAGUGUAGAUCGGCUCGCCAUGGCGGAAGGACGCAGAGACCCGCCGCUCCAUCCUCUCCUCUCCCUGCCACCGGCUAGCAAACGACCGUGCCUGCGCCCCGCUCCCCGGGGUCCCGGCCCCGGGCCCGGCCACGGCAGCGGGCUAUCCGCGUCCCGGCACCGCUCCCCGGAGUCCCUGCUGGACUGCGCGGCGAAGGCGGUGGCGGAGAAGUGGGCCUUCGAGAGGGUCGAGGAGCGCUUCGAACGGAUCCCGGAGCCCGUGCAGCGCCGCAUCGUCUACUGGUCUUUCCCCCGCAACGAGAAGGAGAUAUGCAUGUACUCGUCCUUUCAGUGCCGAGUAGCCGGCGAGGAGAGUCCGGCUGCGGCUACCGCCACGAGCGGGUCGGGGGGUGCCGGCUCCGGAGCCCCGACCGCCGCCAGCACCGCUGCUACGACGACGACGGCGGCGGCGGUGGGGACGAGCGGAGCGGUGGGAACCGGAGACGCGCUGCCUUUCCGCCGCGGGAUCAAGUUACUGGAGACCGGCUGCGUGGAGAACGUGUUACAAGUCGGUUUUCACCUGAGCGGCACCGUCACUGAGGCCGCCUCCCCCUCCGAGCCGGAGGUCACCCACAAGGUGGCCAUCAGCUUCGACCGCUGCAAGAUAACCUCCGUCACCUGCGGCUGUGGCAACCGCGACAUCUUCUACUGCGCCCACGUGGUGGCGCUGUCGCUCUACAGGAUCCGCAAACCUGAACAGGUGAAGCUCCGCCUUCCCAUCUCCGAGACCCUGUUCCAGAUGAACCGGGACCAGCUGCAGAAACUGGUCCAGUACCUGAUCACAGCCCACCACACGGAGGUGCUGCCUACGGCUCAGAAGCUGGCAGACGAGAUCCUCUCAUCCAACUCGGAGAUCAACCAGGUUCAUGGUGCUCCAGACCCCACCGCCGGCGCCAGCAUCGACGACGACAACUGCUGGCACCUGGACGAGGACCAAGUCCGGGAGCAGGUCAAGCAGUUUCUGUCCCAGGGAGGAUACUACGGCUCCGGCAAGCAGCUCAACUCCAUGUUCGCUAAGGUACUCUGACCUGGUUCAACUCCC